AUGGAAAUGAUGUCUUUAAGGUUGUACUUAGACUGGCUGGCUCGACCGGUGGGUCAUUAUCGAUGUCAAAUUCACCGUCAACACAUUCUUAGAGAGAUUAUAGAAGAAUUUAUCUCGGACAUAUACAGAGAAAGAACAGGGGAAUAUAUCACUGAAGACUUCAAGAACUUACUUUGGUCAGUUACAGUGUCAAUCUUUGCAAUAGGAGGUAUGAUUGGAGGAAUAUCAGGAGGAACUAUUGCUGACAGGCUUGGAAGGAAAGGAGGACUACUCGUGAACAAUGUCAUGGGAAUAUUAGGAGGAACUCUAAUGGGAAUUAGCAAGAUGUCCCACAGUAUAGAGAUGCUCAUAUUUGGACGCCUUCUUAUAGGAUUUAAUUGUGGCCUGAACACUGCCCUAGUGCCAAUGUAUCUUUCGGAGAUUUCCCCACUUACUUUAAGAGGUAGAUUAGCCUUACAAAGGUUAAGAAGCUCAAGUCAAGUAGAAGAUGAUAUUGAAGAAAUGAAAGCAGAAGAGCGAGCUCACCAACAAGAAGUAGAAAUAACCAUGUGGCAGUUGAUCAGAAACAAGUCACUUCAACUUCCGUUGUUAAUUGGUGUCAUCAUGCAGUUGUCACAGCAACUCUCGGGCAUCAACGCAGUGUUGUACUAUUCCACCAACCUCUUCACUGAAGCAGGGCUUUCAGAAACAACAUCAAAGUUUGUCACCAUUGGAGUUGGAGUUGUAAUGGUCAUCAUGACACUUGUGUCUAUCCCUUUGAUGGACAGGGCAGGGAGACGGACAUUACAUCUCUAUGGUCUAGGGGGCAUGUUUAUUUUUAGUAUUUUCAUCACCAUCUCAUUACUUGUUAGGUUUCUUUAUGAGUGGGUUACCUAUGUAAGUGUUGUCAGUACACUUAGUUUUGUUGUCUUCUUUGCCAUUGGACCAGGCUCAAUUCCUUGGAUGAUUACUGCAGAGUUAUUUUCCCAAGCUCCCCGGCCUGCAGCCAUAAGUUUAGCAGUACUAGUUAACUGGUUUGCCAACUUUGUUGUUGGUUUGGUCUUUCCAAUGAUGCUGCGUGGUUUUGAAAACUACACAUUUCUCCCUUUUACGGCACUGUUGGCAAUUUUCUGGACCUUCACCUACAAAAAGGUUCCUGAAACCAAAAAUAAAACCUUUGAAGAAAUUGCUUCUCUAUUCAGGAGAGAAGACGUGAUCAAUAUUAACGGUAUGAACAUCCCACGGAAGUCUAUACAGUCAGGUGAAUUCAUAUUUGAAGACAAGCCUGUUGAAUCGUGUCCUUUACAUCAACGCCAUCACUGCCAGAUAGAUGAACUUCCCAUUCGAAACAAGUUUGUGGAGGUUACUCCAAAUCACUUAGAGGAUCGACUCUAACAAAGAAAAUGGUAACCCUUGUAUGUCAAAAGUGGUACAGACACUAGGUUUGCUACAGCCUCCAUCCGGAGCCUUGGCAUUAGGAACCUUUGUUCUGCUCUGGUAAGUGUUCACCUAUGAAGUACUCAGAGCAGUGACAGUUAAUUGCACAGUUGUGCUUUCAAGUGGCAUUCUAUGACGUCACUCACUGGUGCAUUUUAACUAGGACAGAUCAUUGUUAAACGAACAUCAACAAGUGCAUUACUGUAAAUCAUAGCUGUUUAAAAAUGGAAUCGUAUCAGACAAAAAUCUUCUGUAAGAGAGGGGGAAAACUGUCGGAUAAAAGAAAUACUUGGAAGACAGACUUGUCAAAUCCAAACAACCACAGAAUGAUGACUAAAUUUUGAAACACCUGUGUCAGUUCAUAUUCAUAACUGUGUCGCUUACAUUAUCAUGGUCCACAUCUUGCCAUCAAAACCAUUUGGUAAGUCAGAUAAAACUUAAAAUGUUAUCGUAAUGAAGUGGCUCCUAUCCAUCCAUCUGAACUACAGAUUUGUUGAAGUCAGUUUCUGUGUCAGUUGGAUCUUAAAGAAGGUGAACUAGUUAAGUGGCCCUCUGACCUGCCAGGGCAGUCAUAUGACCAAGCUAUGCAGCUAUCUGUUCUUUAUUCAGCAAGUGUUAAAACAUUAUAAGCAACAUGUGGUACACGAAGUUAAAUUUAGGAAGAAAGUUGUUCUGAAAAUAAGUUGCCUUUAUUGAUUUUAAUAUGUUUUUGUGCAGACAUUUACACAACUUCGCCAGCUGCCGUCAGACAAGGUUAUCUUUGAUUAUUAUAUCACUUCUGUUAGUCUUAGAGAGUUGAAAUAAAUAAAAAAAAGGCUGGAAUACUGUUUAGUUACUACGAAAGAAUCAACAUACUAAUUAUUGACAAACAAAACAUUGCUGUGUGGGUUUUAGAUUUCUUUUAAGAAGGGCUUCCGAGAAAAAAAAAAUCUAACUGUUAUGCAUUAAAAUAGUUUUAUUUGUAAAAUUAUUGGCAGUUUAAAAAGGAUAGUUUUGAAAGUCAACGUAAUGUAUAAUUUACAUUAUACGUUAUGAUAGAGGAAUAAUUCUUGAAGUGAAAUGAAGUGAAGAAUUGUUAGAGCUACGUGGUAGUUUAAUAGUUUUUAUCUAGAUGGCCUACAUAACUCAAAAUUCCUGAACUUUUGUUAGGCCUACGUGUUCUUUAUGUAUUGUUACGAAAGAACACAGUUUCUUCUGUAUGGGUGCCUUCUCUUCUGUUGAACAAUUAAUGACUGUGUACUCAGAUCACGAUAAAUUUUAUGGACUAUAUAUAUAUAGUCUAUAAGACCUUUCCUUACACAUUUUGGUGCCAAAAUAUUGUGUGAACGGGGAAAAAACUUUCUCCUAGAUUUCUGUAGAUUCUAGGAAUUACACAAAUUAGCAAUCUGUAAAUAAAAUGUACAGUCUGCUCAUUCAACUGUCAAACUUUAGUGUCUAGUGUAUGACGUGUGUGUGUGUGUGUGUGCAACAAGCGAAAUUACUUGGCACAUUGUUGCACUCUUGCUUUCAAUACAAAAUUAAAGCAUGAGAUGAAACUUUGUACAUUAUAUGAAUAAUGUUAUAAGGUGAUUGAAUAUGGAAUAUUCCAUACAUCAAACCCUUACGCCAUCUGUUGGCAGUUCCUGGAUCAAGGCACUUUUAUUAUAAUAGUUUACUCGUGUGUGUGUGUGUGUGUCUGUGUGUGACAUGCCUUUAUCAUUCAUUAUUACUAAUAUUUGUUUUACAGAGUAAUACCCGAUUAUUGUAUUAAUGUUAAUUGUUAUUAAAAAUCUUAGCAGAUGGCACCAUUCAUCUUAAGUCUAUGAUUGUUGAGCUGGGUAAAAGGCGUUGGUUAGUUUUCUUGGUUCUCAGGUUUCUAUACAACAGUCUAGAGAUUGGAACUUUCAGAUGUAAUCCUGUAAAUUUCUGUAGCUUUUUUAGAUGACUCGUAUAAGUGGAAUUAGGGUUGUGUGACGAUUAAAGACAAGAUAUAGGGUGUGUUCAACUUACCGACCUUUAGAAAAUAUGCUCCAAUUAUUAACAACUUAAUUGAUGUGGAAAGUUUUAACAGCUUGGUAUUCACGUGAUACAAAAUUUCUCAGUUUUCAAUAUGUCUGACGAUCGACUUAUAUUCGAGUGAUUUCAAACCUAAAGUGACUGGCGCGGUUUUAAUUUAAUCAAUUAGUCAUUGUCAAAGCUGAAAUAUCAAUAUCUUUUUGGUGAUUUUUUUUAUCCUUUUUUUAGUGCUCUUUUAAGUAUCACAAUACAGUCACUAGGUAAGUUUUUCAACGUAAGUGUAAUAAAACGCACCUUCAGUAAGCCAUUUUUUACGUGAUUCCAUCUAUAGUGGUUGUAACGUACCUGUAAAAUGUUACAAGGUAAUUGUAUGCAUUCUGCGUUGUACAAACAAAAGGAAAUAUAUAUUGUGGUAAGACGUUUUCUUUUUGUCGUAUAUUAUAAUUUGAUAUAUAUAUAUACAGGUUAGAGAAUAAAAGAAGUAUUUAUUUGGUUUCUGUUUUGUUGAAGUAUGUAGUAGAAAAUAAAUCAGUCAGUUGCGUUGGAAAAUUGUAAUAUUAGGUUUAUGUUAAUAUACUACAGCGUUUUCUGGAAUAAGUUAGAAAUCCGUAAUAACAUAGAAAAAUAUUUGCAAGGGUCGAACCUAGAGGUUAUUCCAUCGCCACCUCUUAUCGGUUUCUUUGUUUGUUUUUUUAAUUAUGCACAAAGCUACACAAGGGCUAUCUGUGCUCUGCCCA